UAUAGAUUAACUAAAUAUGAGAGGAUCAAAUGUGCCUAGUAACAGGGGCGAAGAAUCCAAAAGCAGUAGUUUCUCAUCUAUCUAUACAAGCAAGUAUGAAGAUGGAAUUGACAGUGAAGAAGAAUAUGACGGGUCUCCUAUGGAGAGAGUGUCUAUUAGCAAAGUUAAUAAAACUAAUCUUAAUAACGAAACAAGGAUGAAUGGCGAUAGUGAAGACGUUCGAUACUCUAGUCCUAAGAGAAAUAGAAUGCUUGCAUCUAAUAAUAAUAUAUCAAUGCUAGAGUUUACUAAUCCUAAAGAGGGAACAGUCAGAUCUAGUGCAGGUGAUUUCCUGAGUAAAGGAUCAGAGCUAGGGACUGAAGACCCGAAGAAACCCAUCAAAGAUGAGAUUAAAGAGUCUAAGGUAUCAAAGAAAUUUUCAGAGCAAACAACAAAAAGAGUCUUGUUGAUCGUUCUUGUAGUUGUGAUGUCUGAAUACAUAUUUCAAAGCACUACUUAUAUUAAUGAUCAGAAAAGCUAUUCUUAUGCACUAGAUGUUAUUUUCGAUUUUUCAUACUCAAAUGACGUUAUUGACUUUAUUGAAGAUUACCAUAAGAAGAGCACUCACUAUGAAAUUCUUGAACUUAAAUAUAAUACACGCAGACUUCUGGCUACCGAAAAUUUAGGAUUAAGAAAUAGUACUAGAGAUGAAUUUUUAGAACAAAGAGGUAGCUACAGAGUGCUCGACUCAGAUAAUGAGCAAAGAAUUAUUUUUGACAGCCCCUCCAAUUACAGAGAUCAAGAGCUAGAAAUAGUCUCAGGAAAUGGAAUGGAAAUGUACAUUCUUAUCAAAGAUGAUCUUCAAUUUGAAGCUUACCUAUCUAUGGGCAAGACUACCUUUAUCCUUUUUAUUAUCAUGAUCAGUGCUUUGUUGAUUUCAAAGGAUGCUACUGCCCUUGUUCUUCAACCUCUAGAGACUAUCAUGAUGAAGGUAGCAGAAAUGGCGGAUGAUCCAUUUCAAAUUUUGAGGUUUUCAGAGAUUGAGGCACAAGUCGAGAAAGAUGUAAAUAAAAAUGAUAAGGUUGUGUAUGAGACAAUGAUCCUCGAUAAUGCUAUUACUAAGAUCGGCUCUCUUCUUCUUCUUGGAUUUGGAGAAGCAGGAACUUCCCUUUUAAGCGACAUGAUUGGUAAACAAGGUGACAUUGACACUCAAUCAGCAGGGAAAUAAAACUAUUGGAAUCUUUGGGUUUUGUGAUAUUCGUCAAUUUACUGAUACAACUGAGAUUUUGCAAGAAGAAGUGAUGGUCUUUGUAAACGAAAUUGCUCAAGUUGUUCAUGGAGAAACUCAUGAAUUUCUUGGAGAUCCCAACAAAAAUAUUGGUGAUGCUUUCUUAUUAGUAUGGAAAUUCCCUGAAAACGAACUUUUUACUGGAUUGGAUGGUAAACUAUCUUGUAGCAAAGAUUCAUAUUUAAUAAAUAAUUAUGCUGAAUCGGCUUUGAUUUCGAUAUUUAAAAUUAUGUUAAGAAUGAGGAAAGAUCAUAGAGUCGCAAAUUACUCAUCAAAUGCUAAAUUGAUCGAAAAAAUCCCAGAAUAUAUGGUCAAAAUGGGAUUUGGACUUCACACAGGAUGGUGUAUUGAGGGCGCUAUCGGAUCAUCAUUUAAAAUUGAUGCGACUUAUCUCUCUCAUCAUGUAAACUUCGCUGCAACUUUAGAAGAAAGUACGAAAAAGUAUGGAGUCCCUAUAGCAAUUUCUCAUGAAUUUUAUGAAAUUUGUUCUUCUAAAGCGAGAAGAUAUUUCAGAGAAAUUGACUGCUAUCGAGAUAAAGGGUCAAAAAUAAUCCAUAAGAUCUACACCGUAGACUGUGACACAGGAAUGAUAUUACCUGAUAACGAUUACCCAACUGGAAAAGAACACUACCGACUAAAGAUUAACAAGAGGCUGGAAAACUUAGUUCAGAUAAAGGAUCCUAACUUUAGAAUGAUAGUUCGUUUUAGACAAGAUGAUGAACUUAUUUCUAUUAUGCAGAAUAUUCCUAGAAGACUGCUAGCUUGCUUUAGGAAGAUGUACAGUUAUUAUAGGGAAGGAGACUGGGACAAAGCAAAGAUUGGACUAUCCAAGAUUAUAAAGAAAAGAGAAGAUGGACCUUCUAUCUUUUUGAUGAAGAUCAUGGAGGAAUAUAAAUUUAUUCCUCCCAGAAAAUGGAAGGGCAUCCGAAAUGUAUAGAACUAAUAUAUUCUAUCUCUAAAA